CCCCACCCAGGCACGAUGCCGCUCCGCUAUGUGACGUAUGAAGGCAUUAAGUUCCCCCCUGCCUACAACUCCGAGCACAGCUUGAGUUUCGCCCACAGUGAGUUCCUCGUGUGGGACGAUGACAUCUUCAAUGUCACCUACCCCAAGUCUGGCACCAUGUGGAUGACCAAGAUCCUGAGCCUCAUUCGCAGCCACAUCUGCCCCAUCUGGAGCCGAACCAUCCUGAAUUCUGACCACAUGCCCUGGUUCUCAACCGGGCUGGGUCUGGAGUCAGCCCUCAGCUACCCCCUGCCUCACCUGCUGACCUGCUACCUCCCCAGGCACAUCUUCCCCAAGUCCUUCUCUCAUUCCAGCACCAAGGUUAUUUACACCCUACAGGAUCCUCGAGAUGUUGUCAUUUCCUACUACUACUUCUCCAAGGUGUGCAACAGCUAUGAGGUUCCCACAUCCUUCAAGCAAUUCCUGAGGGACUUUCUGAAUGGAAAGCUGCCCCGUGGCUCCUGGUUCAAACACGUCCAAGGCUGGAUGGAGAUGAAGGACAUGGAGAAUUUCUUCUUCAUCACCUAUGAAGAGCUGAAGCAGGACCUGUACAGCAGUGUGAGACGUCUCUGCCCGUUCCUGGGGCAGGAUUUGGAUGAUGAUGCCAUCUCCUCAGUGGUGCAAAAUGCCUCCUUCACGGCCAUGUGGGAGAACCCAAUGUGCAGCUCCAUCCUGCUCCAGACGAAGGGCCAGGUCCUGAGGAAGGGCAUCUGCGGGGUCUGGGAUAACCACUUCACAGUGGCGCAGAGUGAGACCUUCGACAGGAUCUACCGGGACAGGAUGCAGGGCCUGAGCGUGACCUUUCCUUGGGACAGGCAUUAG